AUGUACAGUCUCGCAGAGUUUAACGAAAAGGUGCUGAACAGUCAGAGCUGGUUGUUCGUGGACAGCGCUAUCCUGGACGUGUCCGAGUUCGCGGCCCGGCACCCGGGGGGCCGGCGCCUUAUCCUCAACGCCCUGGGCACGGACGUGACCGCCGAGAUCCUCGGCUAA